AUGGAGUUUGACUGCACAGUUAGCCAGAAACAGGAGCAAAAGAAUCCGCGUUCUGCUUGUCGGUGGAAGGGUGGCGCCUUCAACAUAUAUUAUCGCGUUAGGUAUGAAGAUGGAGUUCAUCUAAUCGUUCGUUUCGCUGCCCUCGGGAAAGCUAUACUUCGCCAGGAGAAGGUAAAACAAGAAGUCGCAACGAUGAACAAUCUUCGGCACAACACCUCCAUCCCUGUUCCUGAAGUCCUGGGUUCUGGUACUUGCUGGUCUGGUCCAUAUACUGUCAUGCCGUUUGUUGAAGGGGUGCCUCUAUCUGAGCUUCUUGAAGAAACUUCUAAAGAAGUGAGCCCUGUUUUAAAUACCCAGCUAAGCGAUCGGAGUCUGAAGAGAGCAUAUCACGAGAUGGCUACUCUUGUCCUUGAACUUUCGAAACCCAAGUUUGAUACCAUUGGUGCACCAAUGAAGAAUGAAGGAAGUUUCAGCGUUGGCGGUCGACCUGUUACAUUUAGCAUGAACGAGCUGAUGUUGUCCGCAAUAUACAUGAAAGCAAUUUCCCCAUACGCACCUUUAGGCUAUAUUGCGAUGACACGCCUUUCCAAUGUCCUCAUUGAUAUUGAAAAGUUUUGUGUUUCGGGAGCCAUCGACUGGGAGUUUACAUACGUUGCUCCAGCUGAAUUCUCCUCGGAGGGCUGGGAAUCCGAUCUUAAUCAAUUCAUAGCUCUCUACACAUCCUGUUUUCGAUUAUUCCUAGAAGCACUUAGAGAGAGUGAAGACAAGAUGAUCGAGCUGCAAACCCUCACGGAACAACGGCGCCUUUCUCCUCAAAUGGAACACUCUAUGGAGACGGGCCUAUUUUGGGCCUUUAUCGACGAAAAACACCAUGGGCCAUUCACAUCGAUUGAUGACCGUGUUCAAAAUUUAUCGGAUAAGCAUAAGGAUGAAAUAAACGACCUUUUCACGCUCAAAAUGUCUCGAUUUAAUGAGGAUAGUGUGAAAGGAUUUGAUGACCACUAUCCUAUCGACGAGCUCCUUAUGAUCUAG